AUGGGCAAGCGUAAGGAUUUGGGCAAGUUUGACAAGGGCCAAAUUGUGAUGGCUAGACGACUGGGUCAGAGAAUCUCCAAAACUGCAGCUCUUGUGGGGUGUUCCCGGUCUGCAGUGGUCACUAUCUAUCAAAAGUGGUCCAAGGAAGGAACAGUGGUAACCGGCCACAGGGUCAUUGAUGCACGUGGGGAGCGAAGGCUGGCCCGUGUGGUCCGAUCCAACAGCCGCACACCAGUCAGGGUGCCCAUGCUGUCCCCUGUCCACCGCCGAAAGCGCCAACAAUGGGCACGUGAGCAUCAGAACUGGACCACGGAGCAAUGGAAGAAGGUGGCCUGGAUAAUGCGCCGUGCCACAAAGCAAAAAUGGUUCAGGAAUAGUUUGAGGACUUGGCCUCCAAAUUCCCCAGAUCUCAAUUCAAUAGAGCAUCUGUGGGAUGUGCUCGACAAACAAGUCAGAUCCAUGGAGGCCACACCUCGCAACUUACAGGACUUAAAGGAUCUGCUGCUAACAUCUUGGUGCCAGAUACCACAGCACACCUUCAGGGGUCUAGUGGAGUCCAUGCCUCAACAGUUGUCGCAGCACACGCUAAAGUUUGACUACACCGCGUCCUAUGGAGUCAAAAACAUCCCAGAUGUUGUGGUUGUUGGGUUCAUUGAUGAAGUUCCAGUAGGUCACUGUGACAGCAUCGGAAAGAAAGUAGAAUCUAAACUGGACUGGGCACAAAAACUGAUAGAUGAUGAUCCAGAGCACUUUAAGUGGUACACUGGCAGGUGUCUGUCAGCCCUACAAGAGUACAAAGCAUUAAUUGACAAUAAUAAGGAAUCUGGAGCUGUCCACGUCUUCCAGAGGAUAGACAGCUGUGAAUGGGACAAUGAGACUGGAGAGGUUAAUGGAUUUACUCAGUUUGGUCAAGAUGGAGAAGACUUCUUAGCAUUUGACCCACAGACACUGACAUGGAUCGCACAAAAACCAGAAGCUGAAAGCACCAAACACUAUAUGGACAGUGAUAGACACAGAAAUGAAAAAUGGAAAAACAUACUUACUAAGCUUUUACCUGAGUUUUUGAAGAGAUAUUUGGACCUUGGGAAGAGCCAUCUGCUGAGAACAGACCUUCCCUCAGUGUCUCUCCUCCAGAAGACUCCCUCCUCUCCAGUCAGCUGCUUCGCUACAGGUUUCUACCCUGACAGAGCCGAGAUAUUCUGGAGGAAAGAUGGAGAGGAGCUUCAUGAGAACGUGGAGCUUGGAGAGAUCCUCCCCAACCAUGAUGGAUCCUUCCAGAUGAAUGUUGACCUGAACCUUUCAUCAGUCACACCUGAAGACUGGAGGAAGUAUGAAUGUGUGUUUCAGCUCUCUGGUGUGAAGGACGACAUCAUCACCAAACUGGACAAAACUGUGAUCAAGACCAACUUUGUUCCUCCCUCAGACUCCCCUGCUGGUCCUGUUAUUGGAGCUGUUGUUGUACUGCUGCUGCUCCUGGCAGUCUGCAUCACUGGAGUGUUCAUCUGGAGAAGGAGAAAAAAUGCACGCAGCACGUUGGCCUACUUCACACUCCUGACGUCGCUCUGUGACGCAGGACGCACGAACCCGUCUACCCCUGACGCUGACAGCAACACAGUAGACAAUGCGGGUCUUCACGGGGGCGUCCCGCCGGUAGAGGGCUCGGUCCCGGCGGUGAUUGGCGGCUGUGUGUGCGGGCUGCAGCAGAUGGGAGCCUCGGUGUGUGUUCGGGGGAAAAGGCGGAAGACUGCGUAUCAACACGGACAACCAGAGAUGCUACAAAGCUACAGCCGCUAA